AUGAAUACUCUGAAUCAAAUGACAGAGACAAUUCAGAACUCUAUAACAAACAUGAUAUCUAAACUCAAACCAAUGCGGCAUUCAAACAGCAUGAAUGACCUUUAAAAUUCAGCCAAUCUAAACUAAGCUCAUAUGAGGAUGCAGGCGCCUCGAAAUCAAUACAAACACCAGUAAAACCCUGGCCAUUCUUUCCAAUUAAAUCAACCACCCUAAUAAUUAAGACAAGCUGGCAUUGCUUAGUCAUAAGCACUUUAAGAUCGACCCUACAUGAUGUUUGUCUAUUCUUAAAAGUUUUAAAUCCAAGGCUAGGGUGAGUACGAAAUCAAGAUAACCAAUGUUAUCAAUCCUUAUACUAUGAAGGCAACUCCAUUGCAGCCAAGUUUGAUAGACCCUAUGUUUAUGAUGACUUAAGGGAUAGGAAAUAGUAAGAAAGCCUUAGGAAUUUCAUAAGAGUAAAUUCCGCAAAUCAUCAUGCAAUAAAAUAAUAUUCAAGAUAGAAGACUCUAAACUUAACAAACUGAACGUGAACACUAUACUAGUCGGGGCAGGGCAUAGAGAUUCGGAGAUGGAUUUCCUACGCAUGGAGUCAAAAGCGGUGCGAACACAAAUAGACAACUUAAAAACAAUCAUACUCCUAACAGGGGAGGCUUCGGAAGAAAUAAGUUAUCCGGAGGAGCUGGUGUUAGAAUGCUGGCUUGCAAUAGCUAUUACAAGAAAAUUGUCUAGAGUAAUUAAGAUAAAAAAACUAUUCAAGCAAUCAAUUAGGGUUAUAACUAAAAUUUUGGGAUUCAUCAGCAACAGCAAAUGAUCCCAGUUGAGCAAUACUCUCUUGAACAGAAAAUAUAAAAAAGACAAUAAAUUGCAGCAAGUCUCAUUAAGAAAUGGUUGAAUAACUAAGUUCGUAAAACUUUCUAAGUGAUUAAAAAAGAUUCAUGGACUCAUUUUAAACACAGACAACAGUAGAAUAUGAAGAAAAGUGUUUAGCUCAUCAAAUUGAUUGGAUUGAUCCAGGAUAAAUUAAAGACUCACAAAUUUUAAUCAUUCAGUAAAAUAAAGGAACAUUAACUAUCCAUUAUACAUGAGAAAUCAAAUGCUCAAGAUUCUCAUUCAUCGCAAGGAAACUCCAAGAACGUGUCUAGCAUCAAGGGUACUAGUAAUCCUCAGGAUAAUCACAUUUCUAGACAGCCAACAACAGCCAGUCAAUCAUUUGCUGUCCAAUAAUAGCCAAAAAUAUCCUAAGCUAAGUAAAAAGCAAUUAAAAUACUUGCUUUUCAUUUGGAUCAGAAACUGCUUGAUCAUAAACUAGCCUUUUGGCUUCCAUUUAGAGCCCAUAAUUAGAAGACUAAUGCUUAUAUUUAAGAACUUCAAAUUGAUUUUGGCUAGAAGCCGUUUGAUAGGUAGUAACUGGAGGAAGAACUUGCUUCUAGAUUUAACAAAAUAGAGAUUAAGAAGAUUGAUUCAGCACCCAUUGACAGUCAAAACUCACAGAUCGAUGCUUAAAAGACUUAAGGUAGAAAAUUAUUUUUCAACAAUAUGGAUGAAACAGUUGAAUUUACUGACCCAAUAAAGCUGAUGGAGAAAAAUUUAGCGAACGUUUCAGCUAUUUAACCCUUCAUGAUUUAGCAUUCUAGAAAUGAGGAUACUUUUAUUUAGGAAUUAAAUUGUUUGAACACUAACAGGUCAAGACUGUCGAAACUAUCAAUUGAUAAGCAGUCAAAGAGAACUUUCAAUGACUCCAAAGAAUUCUCACCAUUGUUUAAGAAUGAUGAUUAGUUGUAUCUUAGUUCUCCAGGAGGGCAGAAUAGACCUCACAACAAUCUCGAUAAUUCAAGCUUUCUUAUUACUGAAGAUGACAUCAAAACCAUUAGAAUUGAGAAUAACAUAGGCAAUCUUAAUAAAGACAUUAAGAAGGUAAAUGAUUAAAUAGAAUAGAUAAAGCAUAUGCUUUUUACCUAGAACCAAAUACCAAUGAAUCCUUAAGUAACCUCUGAAAACAAUGAGAGUUGGAUGGAUGAAUCAGUAGUCAGUGAUUUUGAAGUUCCUCCUAUCGGUUCAGCUCAAAUUCUAAAUCCAAAGAAAAGGUAAUUGGUACCUGUUAGUAAGAUAAAUAAAAAUUUCAGAACAGAGCAAGAAAUGAUAGAACACUAUGAAUUAAAAGCACUUGAUUUGGCAGAUGGGGAUUUGAAUCUAUAUUAAUAGAUCUAAACCCCAUAGGCUAGAUAGUAGCAAAACCAAUACUAAGGUAAUUACCGAUUUGGUAAUUCAAAUAUCAAAUAAUAACAGCAAUUCCACAGCAACUCAGGUAGCAAAAUGCAAUACAAUAACAACAGUGCUAAUGAAAUCGGCUAUGAAGAGUUCAAAGAUCAGAUUGGUAACCUAUAGAUCGGUGUAGAGGGUCUAUAAAAGCAGAUAAGCUAGAACGCUCGGCUAUCAAACAGAGGCAGAUCAGAUUCCCUGAAGAAAAAUAUAAGGAAGUAUGAGUAGAAUCGUAAGAGAAAUCUAAAUGAUUCAAGAGAGAACGACUUCGAGGGAUUUGACGAUGAAGACGACAUAUCAGUUGUCAAGUUCGACAACAUAGAGUGA